CAGCCGGUGAGCAGACCGGGUUAGUAGGUACAGUAGAAUCAGAUCAGGCUGAUAAACUCUGAUGUUUUAAUCUGUAAAAACUCCUAAAGUUUAAUAUCCUGAGCUCGUAUCUCCACUCAGCUCAUCCGCAGCUGGUUUAGUAGCAGAUCUGGAUCAUGGCAGAGUCGUUUAGUUUACAGAAUGUAUUGGACACCUUUAAAUCCAGCCUGAGUGAGAAUAAGGAAAUAUAUAUCCAGUAUUAUAUAGCAGGGUGGAAGGAGCUGGUCAGCUUCAUGAACAGUCUGGGAACCGUGUUCUCCUUCAUCUCUAAGGACGCGGUGAAUAAAAUCCAGAUUCUGGAGAAUCUCCAGGCCGGCGAGUCCGGCUCUCACUACCUCACGGUGCAGUCGAUGGUGAAGUAUGAGCUGGAGAACGAGCUGGUGGACCUGACCAAGAGGAGCAGUCACCCGGAGUCGGGCUGCCGGACGCUCCUGCGUCUGCACCGCGCUCUGCUCUGGCUGGAGCUGUUCCUGGAGCGUCUGCGCACCAGCACCGAGGAGAGCAAGACCUCCGUCAUGUGCUCGGACGCCUACAACGAGUCUCUGGCUCAGCACCACGCCUGGAUCAUCAGGAAGGCGACGGGCGUGGCUUUCUGCGCCCUGCCCGGCCGGGACUCCUUCUUCCAGGUGAUGAACGCAGGCAGUGAGCAGGAGGUGGUCGCCCUGCUGGGAGAAGCUUUAGCCCUGAUCUCAGAGGUGCAUCAGAUCACAGAGGACCUGUACGCCCAGAACAACCUGCUGGAGCUGCCCUAGAUAUAGCAGAAGACGCAGCAGUAGAUGAUAUACAGUAGUUUGGACACACCUUCUCUUUUUCAGUGCGUUUUCUUUAUCUUCAGGACUAUUUACAUUGUAGAUUCUCACUGAAGCAUCAAAACUAUGAAUGAACACAUGUGGAGUUUUAUGUACUUAAUAAAAAAUGAGCUGAACCUCCACAGUCACCGGACCUGAACCCAAUCCAGAUCCAGGUUUGGGGUGAGCUGGAGCACAGAGUGAAGAAGACAAAGGAGCAACAAGUGCUAAUAAACACCUCUGGGAACUCCUUCCUUCCUUCAAGACUGUUGGAAAACUUUUCAUUUCAGGUGGCCACCUCUUAAAUGAAGCUCAUUGAGAGAAUGAUGCCAAGAGUGUGUAAAGCAGUAACCAGAGCAAAGGGGGGCUUUUAUUUUGAAGAAACUAGAAAAACUAUAAAACAUGUUUUUUUAGUUAUUUUCACCUUUUUUAUUAAGAACAUAAAACUCCACAUGUGUUCAUUCAUAGUUUUGAUGCUUCAGUGAGAAUCUACAAUGUAAAUAAUCAUGAAAAUAAAGAAAACGCAUUGAAAAAGAGAAGCUGUGUCCAAACUUUUGGCCUGAACUGUAGUAGAUAGUGUAGUAAAAUGACUGUGUGGAAUGAUGCUGGUUUUAUUUGGCGCUACUACUGAGAUCUUGGAUCUCAUCUCAUAUCGUAUAAUGACUAUAUUAGGCUGUUAUCACUUUAUACACUUAUCUCUCUUUCUUUUUGACCAAACACAUGGUUUCAUGGCGACGGUCAACUAAAUGCUAAAACUCAAUACCAACAGUUUUUCAAUAAUCAUACAGCUCUGGAAAAAAAAUAAGAGAGCACUUAAAAAUGAUGAGUUUCUCUGAUUUUACCAAAUUAAAAACCUCUGAAAUAUAAUCAAGAGGAAGAUGGAUGAUCACAAACCAUCAAACCACCAAACUGAACUGCUUGAAUACAUUUUUGCACCAGGAGUAAAGCAGCAUAAAGUUAUCCAAAAGCAGUGUGUAAGACUGGUGGAGGAGAACAUGAUACCAAGAUGCAUGAAAACUGUGAUUAAAAACCAGAUUUAUUCCACCCAAUAUUGAUUUCACCAAAUAUUGAUUGAGGUCUAAAAGCUCUGCAUCUUUUUUUUCUUUUUCUGCAAAUAAAUGCUUUCAAUUACAAAAUUUAUUUUAUUUGGAAUUUGGGAGAAAUGUUGUCCAUAGUUUUUAAAAUAAAACAAAAAUGUUAAUUUUACUCAAACAUUCAGAAACUGAUGUGCUCUCUCCAUUUUUUUAUCCAGAGCUGUAUAGAUAUAUAGUUUGAGUAAACAGCGUGAAAGACUACAGCAGCAGUAAAACUGUACCAAUAGAAAUGCUUUUGAAUGCAGUUGAAUUCCAUUGAAAGCUAGGGAGGUUCUUUUGGGCUUCCAGUGGCUCAGCAGCCAGAGUCCGAGCGAGCACAAUGCUUGGUCGUGCUCUCUCUCUCUGGGGGGAUAGGUGGCGCUCUCUCCCCUCAUUUCUCUCAUGACAGAGACCAUAUGCAGGCCUGCAAAUCCACUCAGGCCUCUUUUUAAUGUAAAUUAGUACGAAUGACCAAAAUUGAAUGUUUAAGGCAAAUCUACUGUAUGUACUGUAUUUAUAUAUGAUUAAAAGGGACAAAUUUAAUGCAGUGUAUAUAAUAAUCUGCUGAGUUUAAUAAGCCAUGAUGACCAUAGCCAGGAUGUAUUACAAUACUAUAUAAUAUAUGUAUGUAUAUGUAAUGUUUUUGAAUGUUUAAGGUUAAUGGUCUGAAUUAUAUUAAAUUAUUGUAUAAUUAUAGUUUUUCCAAUUUUACACAGUAUUUGCAGGACAUGUUUUUAUUAUAAACUUGGAUGUAAUACUGCACAAAUUAUUACAGUCUGACCUCUGUGUGUAUUUUAUUUUUCGGCAUGUAAAUAAGACUUGAAAACAUUAAGGGGAUGGGUAUGUGGACUUUUGCACUACAUUGCUGACGGAAAAUAAAAUAAAGUGGGCAUAAAAUUGA